AUGUCACACAACUUGCGGCUUAGUCUAAUGAUGUGGACUAGAAGAGUCUCAACUUUGCCUAUAAGGCUUACCGGCCAGCGCCGAUGUCUAUCUCAGUCCGCAAUCGCCGUUUUCAGGGAUGUACCACCGCUUCGGCAAUAUAGGAAAGGUCUCCUCCUCUCAGGUCGAACCGUAGGAUUUGUGCCUACAAUGGGUGCUCUCCAUGAUGGUCACAUGUCUCUAAUCCGACAGGCUGCCCAGGAAAACACUGAUGUCGUUGUCAGUAUAUAUGUGAAUCCAACACAGUUUGGAGUAAAUGAGGACUUGGACAGCUACCCGCGGACAUGGAACGAAGAUUUGGAGAAGAUACAGACUCUCAAUACAGAGUUUGAAAGCAAGUCAUGGACUGGAUCUGGCCGUGUUACGGCAAUUUUUGCUCCUACUACCAAAGUAGUGUACCCUACGCUACCUCCCACAUCCGAGCUGAAUGGAAACGGAAGCUUCGUGACUAUAACACCACUGGCGACCAAGCUCGAGGGAGCUUCUAGACCAGUUUUCUUCCGCGGGGUUGCUACUGUGUGUACAAAGCUAUUCAACAUGGUGACUCCGGACCGUGUGUACUUUGGUCAAAAAGACGUACAGCAGUCUAUCAUUAUUAAACGCAUGGUGCAGGAUUUCCAUAUCGACACUGAGGUCAGGGUUGGUCCCACUUCAAGAGAACCAGAUGGCCUUGCGAUGAGUUCGCGUAAUGUAUAUCUCGGCGCUAGACGACGAAAUGUUGGCUUGGUUUUGUCCCGUGCCUUGAGAGCAGCGGAGGCUGUCUACCUAUCCGGAAAGAAGUUGCGAAAGGAAAUACUCGGCGCUGCAAAUUCCUUUGCACAAUCCACAUUGGCUGAACAGGAGCUUCUCCCUGCAUAUAAACGUGCUAGAUUUGAAGUGGACUAUAUUUCUCUAGCAGACCCCGAGUCACUAGAGGAGCUGGACCAUGUCGAUGAAUCAAAGGGUGCGGUCUUAAGCGGUGCUGUGAAGAUGUUUCCGCUAGAAGAACCCCAGGAAGGCGAAGACUGCGGGCUUGGAGGAGGAAAAGUACCUCCGCAACGCUGGAGAGAGCAAAAGAGAGAAAUCAACGAAACAAUACCAAAGUGCUUCGCUCUUACUUUGGUCGUCAUCAUGGCGGACGAUGGCAUGCUUAUGAAUUUUGACGUGGGAGACGGGAUUAUCAGCUCGCAACAGAAAUUUAAAGGUGGCAAGUGGAAGGAUCGUCUCGUCGCCAAAAAAAUCGCAGACCACCGGUACAAGAAAUCGAAGCAACCAUUUACCGCAGAUGAUAGUAGACGGGGUGAAAGAGGGAGAGAAGCGGAUCAUGGAGGUGUAUCCAGCCGUCCACCGAAGCGACAGAGACUCAAUAAUGGAGAUUUUCAACCAAGCACUGCUAGCAUAACAGGAGUUUCUAAUAACUCCAGCAGCAAAUAUGCCACUGGCCCACAAAGAGAGGUUAUCUCGUCGCUUUUCUCGUAUAAUCCCGUUGCGAAGACUGUACCUACGGCGGAAGAAUCUACGGCGCAUGAUGAUGCUGAAGCUACGAAAGCUUCCAAUGCCCCUCUCGUCGACGGUAUCGAUACGUUUACGUCUCUCGGGCUAUCGCCAGAGCUCGCAGCACACCUACUGACCAAACUGAAGUUGAAAAAUCCUACCGCGAUUCAAAAGAGCUCAAUCACACAGCUGCUAAAAGAAAACUGCGAUGGGUUUAUACAGGCAGAAACCGGAUCUGGAAAAACACUUGCAUACCUCCUACCCUUGGUACAACGGCUAAUGAACUUAUCUGGCCGAAAAAGCGCAGAGGAAGGCCAAGGUCAACCCACGCCGAUUCACCGAGACUCGGGUUUAUUUGCUAUUAUCCUUGCGCCAACUCGAGAACUUUGCAAGCAGAUAUCUGUGGUACUUGAUAGUUUGCUAAACUGUGCUCAUUGGCUUGUUGCUGGCACAGUUAUCGGUGGAGAGAAGAAGAAAUCAGAAAAAGCAAGAUUACGGAAGGGGUUGAAUAUCCUCGUUGCUACUCCUGGACGGCUUGCGGAUCAUCUAGAUAAUACCAAAGUUCUUGACGUGGGCCUUGUUAGGUGGCUUGUGCUCGACGAAGGCGACCGAUUGAUGGAGUUAGGAUUCGAAGAAGAGAUUCAGAAUAUUAUUAAAAAGUUGGACUCUAAAAGGCGACCUACAUCAAAGAUUGAAAAUCUUCCUCCAAAGAGAUUAACGGUACUAUGUUCUGCCACGCUGAAGAUGAACGUGCAGCGUCUAGGAGAGAUGAGUUUGAAGGAUGCGGUUCAUAUACAGGCUGAUCCGGCAGAUGAAAUUGAAGAUGCCUCUUCCCAGGCUGGAGAUGCGCAAAAGUCUCUGGAAUUCUCAGCACCAGCUCAGCUGAAGCAGUCGUUCGCAAUUGUCGCAUCAAAGCUUCGACUUGUUACCUUGACAGCCCUUCUCAAAAGUACCUUUAUACGCAAGGGAACUGUUAUGAAAGCUAUCGUUUUUGUUUCUUGCGCGGAUUCAGUGGAUUACCAUUUCGAGGUUUUCACUAGAAAGUCGGAUAAGAGUACUGAAGGCGUCGGAAAGGGAGAGAAGGAAAGAGAGGGAGAAGAAAAGGAGGAGAAAGACUCGAUUGCUGAAGCAGCAUCUACCACUAACUCAUCUACCCAAGGAACAGUAGCCGAAUCUCCAACAUUAUCAAAUCCUAACAAUUCGGUAAUGCUGCAUAAACUCCAUGGAUCCCUCCCUCAACAUGUUCGAACAGCAACGCUUUCUGCAUUUGCCAAACAAAAGGACACCUCCGUUUUAAUAUGUACAGAUGUUGCGUCUCGGGGUCUUGAUCUACCAAAUGUUGACUUCGUCAUUGAGUAUGACCCUGCGUUCUCCGCUGAUGACCAUCUUCACCGUAUCGGUCGUACAGCUCGAUUGGGUCGUGAUGGUCGUGCUAUGAUCUUCCUUCUUCCUGGAAGUGAAGAAGGAUAUAUCAAUGUUCUAAAACGCGGGUAUCGCGACAACAACACCAAGGCUGUGACCCGCAGUGAUGAAAGCGACAUCUUGAAGCGAGGAUUCGGACGGACUAAUGGCAAGGGUUGGGAAGAGGCAGCCACUGAGUUCCAGCUAGAUAUAGAACGCUGGACCCUGGACAACCCCAGUAUCCUGGAAAUGGCUCGUCGGGCUUUUCAAUCUCAUAUUCGUGCGUACGCUACACAUAUUGCAAGCGAGAGGGAGUACUUCAACAUAAAGGAUCUGCAUCUAGGCCAUCUGGCCAAAGGUUUCGGAUUGCGAGACAGGCCAACGAAGAUCAAUGUUCCCGGACUCCGAACCGGCAAGGAGGAGACAAAGAAGGCGUUCAAAGCAAACAGGACAGUAGAGUCCAGUGACAAGAAGAAUGAGUCCGGUCCCAAAAAUGAUAGUGCGGCCGAUAAAAUGCGGAAGAAGAUGAGAGAACAUAUGUCCGCGGCAAAUGAGUUUAAUAUCGCCUAAGGACGAGUCUGUAUAUAUCCCAUAGCGAGACCUUUCCGUCCUUUGACCCGGCGGCAAUCCAAUGUGUUAACUGUGCUUUGAUGCUUCUCUGCUGCUUGAUUUCUGCCAAAGAACGGGGUUCAUUCCUAAUCGUAAGAUUUGUACUUUUAUUCUCCUGGAUUGUAUUGGUACCUAUUGCAUCU